AUGAAGCUUAUGAAGCAACCAGUUCGAGGUCUAGUAGCUGCUUUAAAUAGUAGCGGCAAGUUCAAGUUCAAGGCCCCAGAAGUCGCAGUGGACCAUUUGGUUAUUGGUGCUGGUGUGGUGGGUCUCGCAAUCGCUCAAAGAUUGUGCGAAAGUUUCCCUUCAAAAUCGACGUAUGUUGUAGAACGCCACGCUCGAGCAGGAGAAGAAACAAGCUCCAGAAACUCUGAAGUCAUACACUCUGGUAUCUACUAUCCGGCUGAUUCUCUAAAGACUCGACUGUGUCUACGUGGACGCGACCUGAUGUAUCAGCGAUGUCGAGCGCUGGAUAUACCGCAUCGCAAGACUGGUAAACUUGUUGUUGCCAAGGACAACCAGCGUCCUUACAUUGAGAACCUCCAUCUGAAGGCGUUGAGAUCACAAUGGCCUCCGUAUUCCAAUGCCAUUGAUGACUCACCUGUUCUUCCUACAAGGCUUAUAUCCGGAGACGAAUCUCGUGCUAUGGAGCCUAAUUUGUCCCAGGAUAUCUCAGCAGCGUUGUGGUGUCCAGAGACUGGGAUCGUCGACUCUCAUUCAUUUAUGGAAAGUUUGGAACACGAUAUUUCGGAAUCCGAAGUGGGCAACUUGGCCUAUGCAACCCGUGUCGUCCGGUUGGACCCUUACAGAAGCUCUAAACAAAUGUCAGAGGCAGAACGAGGAUGGGUGGUGCAGACUGUUACUGGAAACGACGAGGGCUCGGGAACAGAAAGUGAUACUAUCCUAGCUCGGACGGUUUUCAAUGCAUCAGGUUUAUCUGGUCCUUUUAUUCUCAAUUCCUUGCUUCCUCCAGAGCGGCGCAUUCUCAUGUACUAUGCACGGGGUUCCUAUGCUUCGUACCAGGGCCCUGGAAUUUCAGGAAUAUCUCAUCUCAUCUAUCCUUGUCCUGACACAGGUCCUAAUGCUCAUGCAUUCGCUUCACUGGGGACACAUUUAACACUUGACUUGAACGGAAAGGUCAAAUUCGGACCAGACAUCGAAUUCCUUUCACCUCCGAGCUCUGAAGAUUCGGAGGAAAACAUGGACUAUUGGACGAGGCAUUUGAUCCCUGAUGACUCUAGCCUUGAAAAGAUGCAUCUCGCAGUCAAACAAUAUCUUCCGGAAGUCGUGGCGGAUGGUCUGCGGCCGGAUUAUGUGGGUAUUCGGCCUAAGCUAGUACCUGCAGGCGCGGGGUUCCAGGAUUUUGUCUUUCGAAUUGAUUAUCCUUGUCAAUUUGGAGGCGGUGGUACUGUUGGAGAAGGCCCGAUGAUCAGUCUUUUAGGAAUAGAGAGUCCUGGAUUGACUUCUUGUCUGGCAAUUGCGGAAUAUAUUGUAAAUGAUCUACUCAGUAGUACUAAUCCUGCGCAAUGA